CAUGGACGCCACAUAUCCGUUGUUUUGUUUGUGUAUUUCCUCUUUGGUGUGCAUGCUAUCCUGUGCAUUUGUACACGUGACAAAAGAACCAUUUUUAUCUGUGGCAUGGCAAUACAAAUACGAUCCAACUACGGGUAUUGCCGCAAUGAAAAAUAGCUACAGACCAACUCCAAACGACACUUGUCAUGUGUACAAAUUAACAGACGACCAGAGACACGAGAUACAUACAAUGGCUGGGGAGUUCAAAAUAGAGAUAAUGAUGUAUCAAGCGGUUUUGACUCAGCAUGGAGAACCGAUGACACCACAAGAAUUGAACAAAACAAGUUUUUACAUCUGGAAAUACUGCUCACACCAACUAAACUUUAUCAAAUAUAAUUUUUAUACAUGAAUCA